GUCAACAGAAUUUGGGAGGAUAUCAACUGAUGAGCUCACUAUUUUACCAUGACUGCCGUCUUGUGCUCCCUCACCAGAGCUAACUCCAGCAUGCUCAAAAGGAAACAGAGCUCCAGGGUGGAGGCCCAGCCAGUGACUGACUUUGGUCCUGAUGAAUCUUUGUCAGACAACGCUGACAUACUCUGGAUUAACAAGCCAUGGGUUCACUCUUUGCUGCGCAUCUGUGCCAUCAUCAGCGUCAUCUCUGUCUGUAUGAACACGCCCAUGACGUUCGAACACUACCCUCCUCUUCAGUAUGUGACCUUUACUCUGGAUACUUUAUUGAUGUUUCUCUACACAGCAGAGAUGAUUGCCAAAAUGCACAUCCGGGGGAUUGUCAAGGGGGAUACUGCCUACUUAAAAGAUCGCUGGUGUGUUUUUGAUGGAGUUAUGGUCGUUUUCCUUUGGGUUUCACUGGUGUUGCAGGUAUUUGAAAUUGCUGAUAUAGUUGAUCAGAUGUCACCUUGGGGCAUGUUGCGGAUCCCAAGGCCACUAAUUAUGAUCCGAGCAUUCCGAAUUUAUUUCCGAUUUGAACUACCGAGGACCAGAAUUACAAAUAUUUUAAAGCGAUCAGGAGAACAAAUAUGGAGUGUUUCAAUUUUCUUACUUUUCUUUCUGCUUCUUUAUGGAAUUUUAGGAGUUCAAAUGUUUGGAACAUUUACCUAUCACUGUGUGGUAAAUGACACAAGACCAGGAAAUGUGACCUGGAAUAGUUUAGCUAUUCCAGAUACACACUGCUCACCAGAGCUAGAAGAAGGCUACCAGUGCCCACCAGGAUUUAAAUGCAUGGACCUUGAAGAUCUGGGACUUAGCAGGCAAGAGCUGGGCUACAGUGGCUUUAAUGAGAUAGGCACCAGUAUCUUCACAGUCUAUGAGGCCGCCUCCCAGGAGGGCUGGGUAUUCCUCAUGUACAGAGCAAUUGACAGCUUUCCCCGCUGGCGUUCCUACUUCUAUUUCAUCACUCUCAUAUUCUUCCUUGCGUGGCUUGUGAAGAAUGUGUUUAUCGCUGUCAUCAUUGAAACGUUUGCAGAAAUCAGGGUACAGUUUCAGCAAAUGUGGGGAUCAAGAAGCAGUACUACUUCAACAGCCACCACCCAGAUGUUUCACGAAGACGCUGCUGGCGGAUGGCAGCUGGUAGCUGUGGAUGUCAACAAGCCUCAGGGACGCGCCCCAGCCUGCCUCCAGCAAAUGAUGCGGUCAUCAGUUUUCCACAUGUUCAUCCUGAGCAUGGUGACGGUGGAUGUGAUAGUGGCUGCUAGCAACUAUCACAAAGGAGAGAGCUUCCGCAGGCAAUAUGAUGAGUUCUAUCUUGCAGAGGUGGCUUUUACCGUACUUUUUGACUUGGAAGCACUUCUGAAGAUAUGGUGUUUGGGAUUUACUGGAUAUAUUAGCUCAUCUCUCCACAAAUUUGAGCUAUUACUUGUGAUUGGAACUACUCUUCAUGUAUAUCCAGAUCUUUAUCAUUCUCAAUUCACAUACUUUCAGGUUCUUCGGGUGGUUCGGCUUAUUAAGAUUUCACCUGCGUUAGAAGACUUCGUGUACAAGAUCUUUGGUCCUGGGAAAAAGCUUGGGAGUUUGGUUGUAUUUACUGCCAGCCUCUUGAUUGUUAUGUCAGCAAUUAGUUUGCAGAUGUUCUGCUUUGUCGAAGAACUGGACAGAUUUACAACGUUUCCAAGGGCAUUUAUGUCCAUGUUCCAGAUCCUUACCCAGGAAGGAUGGGUAGACGUAAUGGACCAAACUCUAAAUGCUGUGGGACACAUGUGGGCACCUGUGGUUGCCAUCUAUUUCAUUCUCUAUCAUCUUUUUGCCACUCUGAUCCUCCUGAGUUUGUUUGUUGCUGUUAUUUUGGACAACUUAGAACUUGAUGAAGAUCUAAAGAAGCUUAAACAAUUAAAGCAAAGUGAAGCAAAUGCAGAUACCAAAGAAAAACUCCCUCUGCGUCUUCGAAUCUUUGAGAAAUUUCCAAACAGACCGCAGAUGGUGAAAAUCUCAAAGCUUCCUUCAGAUUUUACAGUUCCUAAAAUCAGGGAAAGUUUUAUGAAGCAGUUCAUUGAUCGCCAGCAACAGGACACUUGCUGCCUCUUAAGAAGCCUCCCGUCAGCCUCUUCCUCAUCAUGUGAUCACUCCAAACGGUCUGCAAUUGAGGACAACAAAUACAUUGACCAAAAACUUCGCAAGUCUGUUUUCAGCAUCAGGGCAAGGAAUCUUCUAGAAAAGGAGACCGCAGUCACUAAAAUCUUAAGAUCCCUUUCCUCAUUCACCUCUCUCCCAGUUUACAAAGGAAAGAUGAAACUCUCACUCAUCCAUCUAAAAGAAAGAGCCUGCACUCGACAGCGCAUGCUGAGUGGCUCAUUUGAGGGGCAGCCGGCAAAGGAAAGGUCAAUUCUCAGUGUGCAGCAUCACAUCCGCCAGGAGCGCAGAUCACUAAGACACGGAUCAAACAGCCAGAGGAUCAGCAGGGGGAAAUCUCUUGAAACUCUGACUCAAGAUCAUUCCAAUACAGUGAGAUACAGAAAUGCACAAAGAGAAGACAGUGAAAUAAAGAUGAUCCAAGAAAAAAAGGAGCAAGCAGAAAUGAAAAGGAAAGUGCAAGAAGAGGAGCUGCGAGAGAACCACCCGUACUUCGAUAAGCCACUGUUCAUAGUGGGACGGGAGCACAGGUUCAGAAACUUCUGCCGGGUGGUGGUCCGGGCACGCUUUAAUGCAUCUAAAACAGAUCCUGUCACAGGAGCUGUGAAAAAUACAAAGUACCAUCAACUUUAUGACUUGUUGGGAUUGGUGACUUACCUGGACUGGGUCAUGAUCAUUGUAACCAUCUGCUCCUGCAUUUCCAUGAUGUUCGAAUCUCCCUUCCGAAGAGUCAUGCAUGCACCUACUUUGCAGAUUGCUGAGUAUGUAUUUGUGAUAUUCAUGAGCAUUGAGCUUAAUCUGAAGAUUAUGGCAGAUGGCUUAUUUUUCACUCCAACUGCUGUCAUCAGAGACUUUGGUGGAGUAAUGGACAUAUUUAUAUAUCUUGUGAGCUUGAUAUUUCUCUGUUGGAUGCCUCAAAAUGUGCCUGCUGAAUCAGGAGCUCAACUCCUCAUGGUGCUUCGGUGCCUAAGGCCGCUGCGGAUAUUCAAACUGGUGCCACAGAUGAGGAAAGUGGUUCGAGAGCUUUUCAGUGGCUUCAAGGAAAUUUUUUUGGUCUCCAUUCUUUUGUUGACAUUAAUGCUUGUUUUCGCAAGCUUUGGAGUUCAGCUUUUUGCUGGAAAACUGGCAAAGUGCAAUGACCCCAACAUUAUUAGAAGGGAAGAUUGCAAUGGCAUAUUCAGAAUUAAUGUAAGUGUGUCCAAGAACUUAAAUUUAAAAUUAAGACCUGGAGAGAAAAAACCUGGAUUUUGGGUGCCCCGUGUUUGGGCGAAUCCUCGGAACUUUAAUUUCGACAAUGUUGGAAACGCUAUGCUGGCGUUGUUUGAAGUGCUCUCCUUGAAAGGCUGGGUGGAAGUGAGGGAUGUUAUUAUUCAUCGUGUGGGGCCGAUGCAUGGAAUCUAUAUUCAUGUUUUUGUAUUCCUGGGUUGCAUGAUUGGACUGACCCUUUUUGUUGGAGUAGUUAUUGCUAAUUUCAAUGAAAACAAGGGGACGGCUCUGCUGACUGUAGAUCAGAGAAGAUGGGAAGAUCUGAAGAGCCGACUGAAGAUAGCACAGCCUCUUCAUCUCCCACCUCGCCCGGAUAAUGAUGGCUUUAGAGCCAAGAUGUAUGACAUAACCCAGCACCCGUUUUUUAAGAGGACAAUUGCUUUACUCGUCCUGGCCCAGUCGGUACUGCUCUCUGUCAAGUGGGACGUCGAGGACCCAGUGACUGUUCCUUUGGCAACAAUGUCAGUUGUUUUCACCUUCAUCUUUGUUCUCGAGGUUACAAUGAAGAUCAUAGCAAUGUCACCUGCAGGCUUCUGGCAGAGCAGAAGAAAUCGAUAUGACCUGCUGGUGACCUCACUCGGCAUUGUCUGGGUGGUACUUCACUUUGCCCUCCUGAAUGCAUAUACCUACAUGAUGGGCGCAUGCGUGAUUGUCUUUAGGUUUUUCUCGAUCUGUGGAAAGCAUGUAACGCUGAAGAUGCUCCUCCUGACGGUGGUCGUCAGCAUGUAUAAAAGCUUCUUUAUCAUCGUAGGAAUGUUCCUAUUGCUGCUGUGUUACGCUUUCGCUGGCGUUGUCUUAUUUGGUACUGUGAAAUAUGGAGAGAACAUUAACAGGCAUGCAAACUUCUCUUCGGCUGGCAAAGCUAUUACCGUACUGUUCCGGAUUGUCACAGGCGAAGACUGGAACAAGAUUAUGCAUGACUGUAUGGUCCAGCCACCCUUUUGUACUCCAGAUGAAUUUACAUACUGGGCAACAGACUGUGGGAAUUAUGCUGGGGCACUUAUGUAUUUCUGUUCAUUUUAUGUCAUCAUUGCCUACAUCAUGCUAAAUUUACUUGUAGCCAUAAUUGUGGAGAAUUUCUCCUUGUUUUAUUCCACUGAGGAGGACCAGCUUUUAAGUUACAAUGAUCUUCGCCACUUUCAGAUCAUAUGGAAUAUGGUGGAUGAUAAACGAGAGGGGGUGAUCCCGACCUUCCGCGUGAAGUUCCUGCUGCGGCUGCUGCGGGGGCGGCUGGAGGUGGACCUGGACAAGGACAAGCUUCUGUUUAAGCACAUGUGCUACGAGAUGGAGAGGCUGCACAACGGCGGCGACGUCACCUUCCACGAUGUCCUAAGCAUGCUCUCUUACCGGUCGGUUGACAUCCGGAAGAGUCUGCAGUUGGAGGAGCUGCUUGCAAGGGAGCAGCUAGAGUACACCAUUGAGGAGGAAGUGGCCAAGCAGACCAUCCGCAUGUGGCUGAAGAAGUGCUUAAAGCGCAUCAGAGCCAAACAGCAGCAGUCGUGCAGCAUCAUCCACAGCCUGCGAGAGAGCCAGCAGCAGGAGCUGAGCCGGUUUCUGAAUCCCCCCAGUAUCGAGACCACCCAGCCCAGUGAAGACAUGAACGCCAACAGUCAGGAUAAUAACAUGCAACCUGAGACAAGCAGCCAGCAGCAGCUUCUGAGCCCCACCCUUUCCGACAGAGGGGGAAGUCGUCAAGACGCAGGGGAUGCAGGGAAGCCCCAGAGGAAGUUCGGGCAGUGGCGUCUGCCCUCUGCACCAAAGCCAAUAAGCCAUUCAGUGUCUUCAGUCAACUUACGGUUUGGAGGGCGGACAACCAUGAAAUCUGUGGUGUGCAAAAUGAACCCCAUGACUGACACAGCUUCCUGUGGUUCUGAAGUUAAGAAGUGGUGGACCCGGCAGCUGACCGUGGAGAGCGACGAAAGUGGAGAUGACCUUCUGGAUAUUUAGGUGGAAAUCAAUGCAGAUGGCAGUCUAAUGGUGAAAAGUACUUUCUAAUAUUUUCCUCCACUGUCCAGUCAACAAUCCAUAAUUGAAUUCCAAUUUGUCCUACGUAGGAAGGCAUAAAAACUGGUCUGUCAGAAUUGUGCAAAUGAUGGCUUAUUACCAUGUGUUUGAGACAAUUUGCAUAAUGGCAGUAUUAGAAAUAUUAGAAACUAUACCAACACCAGAUAUAGAUUGUUCAAAAAUUCUACAUAUUCUGUCUAUGUAAACUAAGAUAUAUAUUCAUAUGUGCUCUUAUAUAUUAUUACCACCCCUGAAAGUGUGCUAAGCCCAAAGCGGCUCAUAUAUAUGGUACAGGAGCUCUAGCUUUAGUUCAUGUUUUUCCCACUUCCACUAUAAAUAUUUCUCUUGGGGGAAUUUAUUAUUUAUAAUUGAUCUGAAAAGGUCAGCACGGAGCUCAUGCUAAAAUGAUAAUAAUUUUACAAACUACAGAUUCUGAAUUUUUAGAAGUAUAUUCUUUUCCUUGUGUUAUUUUUUUAAAAAUAUACACAAGAUAUUUAGAGGUCAGAACAAGUCAAUUUCUGUCCUCAGUCACUCCAAUGAAAUUGUUGCCUCUUCCAAGAGAAUUGUGUGUGCAGGUACCAGACAAAGAAAUUGACACAUGUUGCUAAAUGAUUUAAAACAAACCUUAUAGAAGUCACUUGAGAGACAUAGUUAUGGAAAGAUGUUGAAUUCCUCAAAAAGUAUUUUAAUAAUUGAGUUUAGAAAAAAGUGUAAAACAAUUCAGCUUAUUUUUAAAAAUCUUUGCAUGUGUGAUGCCAUCAUUGGCUUUAUUUUUUACCCAAAAUAUGUCCAUUGUGUCAUAAAUCAGCAAAGACAUUAUGAGUUGAUUGCAACACACCAUCGCUGUCUUUAAUUCCAAAUGAUUCCCCUGCUAGCAGACUCUCCUAUGGAAAUAAUGGUACUCUGCAAAUCUUCUCUGAACUCACAUUUUAUUCCACACCCCAACUGUAUUUGUGUUCUGUGGGAAAAUUAAAAUGCAAAGUGAUUACUGUUGGCCCACUUAGGCUGAGUCAACCAAGUAGAUGUGAGUUUGAGCUUUGACUACAUUAUUCUUGAAUGAAGAUUUGCUGUUUAGAUGAUCUCUUUGAACAGAGUGAUUAUCUCAGUAUCCUCUGAACAUUCACCCCAUCCCAGUUGCUUUAUGAUUUCUUUUUCUCUGUGUAACAUUUUUAAAAUAGCCAAAUAUCACAAUCUUUCUGUAUAACAAUUUUAACAUUGUGGUGACAGUCUAUUGUUUCUAUGAUUAAUUGUGAUUAUCAGGUAAUGGGCAAUUAAAGUCAGUGCAGCUGAAAGGAUUUUAUUUCAUUUUAUGUUCAUUUGGCAUUUACUUUUUGUAUAUAAUAAAAUGAAAUAAAUA